AGACGAUAACUUUUGUCUUUUUUUUUCUCUAUUGAAAUUUUAGAACUGUGAUAAUGUAAUGAAUGAGAGAGUAAAAUGCUGGUGUUCAUAUCGUACGACAAACACAAUUACUAUCUCCGGUCUAAAUUACUCGCAACUUUGGAGUAUUAUUUGUGAGAUACAAAAUAUUCCAAAGUUGCGAAUAAUUUGGACCAGAGGUAGUAAACAAAAUAAAAGAAAACUAGGGAAAACAUUAAGAAAUGGAGAGAUUAACACAGUCACUUGGGUAGCCUUUUGCUUUUCGGAUUUCACCUUUACCUUUAAAGAAUAUAAAUUUCUAGAUUUCUAGCAAAAGGCCUUUGAUAUGGACUGUGGAUGUUUGCAAAAGAGUCAAAGUAAGGAAUUCCUCUGGCCCAUAAAAACUACAAAAAUGUGUAUAAAAAUGCCCCACAAAUCAUCAUCAAUUCCUUAAUUUACAAAGCUUCUCUUCUCCACUAAAAAAAAAAAGUUGAUGAUCACAUUUCACCCAAUCCCAAAGAAUCCUAUACUCAACUAUGGCUGACCAAUUUACUACAACAACCGAGUCCAUAAUCAUGGCUGCCCUCUCCACACUCACCUCUUCUCAACUAAACUCAUUAUCUCAUUCUCUUUCCUCCACCUUUCGCCGCCACAACCACCACCUUGCAUCCCUCCUCACCUCUCCCGCCCUCUUCACUCACACCAUCAACCACCUCUAUUCCCUCUCCCUCUCUGAGAAAUCCCUCCUCGUCGCCCGCCACCUCCUCUCCUACCUCCACCUCCUUACACCCUUCUUGUUCCCUUCAUUGUCCCAAAAGUACAUAUCCUCCUCCAGUAGGGUCUGCCUUCGUGAUCUUGAUUCCAUCCUCUUACUCUCAUUCUUCUGUGAAGUCCGCAAGCACCAGCCAGCAACCCUGGAGUCAGUAUCCCCUGCACACUGGCAGGGGAUCCUGAAGCUAUAUGGCUCUGAUACCAUGUUAAAUAACCUAUCCACAGGCUUUGCAAUGUCCCUGACACCCUACCAGGUGCUAGGGACAUUUGUAGACCUGGUAGUAAAAUGCAUGAGAUUUGUCAACACCAAAGGGUGUGGCAACGUGAUCGAGGCCAGGAAGGAGGUAGCGGCCUCAGUCGACGCAGUGGUGGCGUUGCCCUCGAUCGAGAGCGGUGGUGGGGUAGAGUGUGUGAUAUGCAAAGAGGAAAUGAUAAAAGGGAGGGAUGUGUGUGUAUUACCAUGUGAGCAUAUAUUCCAUUGGAAGUGUGUGUUGCCUUGGCUUACUAAAAGAAACACUUGCCCUUGUUGCAGAUUUCAGCUGCCAACUGAUGAUGUGUACGGAGAGAUUCAACGGUUGUGGGAUGCCAUUGUUAAACUUGGUUUAAGUACAGAAUGAUAUCUUCAUAUUUUAUAAGUGGAUGUUAAUUUAAGUUUAGGAUCAAAUAUUAACAAUUAAGUAGAUAGAAAUACUGGUAUAUGUAUGUCCCAUGUACAGCUUGUUUUUCUAGCUGUUUAUACAACUAUAAUUCGGUGUA